AUGCACAAGAUUCACAAUAUCACAGGCAGUGCCAGGCACGGCUGGGAUCGUAUGCCCACUAUGGGCUUUGGCAGCAUGAUGUCUCGAUCCCAGGGCGAUCUCACAUCAACCAACCCCCGAAAGACACCGAACGCUCCUCCUGUCUCUCCUGCUGUCUCGCCUGGCACUCCCGUCACUUUGUCCUUCAACGUUCCCUUCAAUUCGAAUCUCGCCGGACCGGAACCGGACGACAUAAUAUAUUCAAGUCCUGGUGCUUUUAGGCGCUGGACGCAUCCCGAGGGCACGCCAGAGGAUACCCCGAAUCAUAGGCUGCCUGUGCAUAUCGAGAAUAUCGACGCGUUGAGGUCGUUGUGCAAAGAGAUUGCCGAUAGCAGUGACGGCCGGAUUCAAGCUACUGUGCUAUCUUCUGAGCCGAAACCCCUGCCUGGUUUUCAGCGCGGGCCGCUCAGGACGUCAAUUACCAAUGUCUGCAUCUCUGCUGAGGUUGAACUCGCCCAGAGUAUUCGUGGACGGAUCAUGACUCAAACUCCAAUCUCGCUGCAAUGCUCAACUAUCGAUAUUGACUUUGACAUGAUCAUGGAUUAUGAGACAAACGAUCUAAAGGACAGCAUACGCAGCCAUGUUGACGGAGUCGCCAAUGCCCUAAAGGCGGAUAUUUUCUUAUUGCAUCCUAAGCAAUUAGACGAAGCAGCAAGUUUCAACGGCAGCAUCAUUGAUACGAAGCUAGACAACCGUUUGAGAUGCCACAUCUACGGCGACUAUGAAACGGCUGAACAUGCGAAAACUCGGAUACUUAUCUUGCUUGAUCAAAUCCUUCACCGCUCCGUGGACAUGAUGAGACUUGAGCUUUCCAUGCACCCUCUGAUCUCAGGCCGCGCCAAGAAGAAUAUCAAACUAAUUGAGUCAGCAACUAACACUGCCAUCUACUUCCCUCCCCCGUUCCCGCACGUUUAUGGCUACACACCCAUUGAUUCGCAGCGUCGACCAAAUGACCAGAUUAUCAUCACGAGUGAAGACAGCACCGCAAUUCUCAAAGCCAAGAAAAUGCUCCAUGAUCUCACCGUCCAGCAGAAAGUAUAUUCCAAGGGCGUUCUUGUUACCCCGUCCAAGCUUGACAGCCUGAUUCUUGAACGCAUGGAUAAGAUUAAGAAGAUCAUGGAGACCAACGGCUCCUGCGUAAUUCUCCCACCACUUGGUGACCAUCGCAAUCACCCUGGUGCAACCCUGCGCGUCCAAGGAACUGAUGUACUCAACGUUGAGCGUACUGUUCGCGAUGUCAUGGCACUUGCUGGGCAAUUCUACAGCGCUACCUGGUUCAUUACUCAACCCGAUCCGAACCAGAGGCCCCCAACACCUAGCGAUGUUCGAGCUAUGCUUUCUGACAUUUGCAUCAACUCGGGCGCGGAGAUCUGCUUCGAAAAGGUCAACUUCCAUAUCUUCGGCUCAGAUGAUGCUGUCAAGGCAGCAAUGAUGGUAAUUAGCAACAUCCCGUUCGUGAGAAAAUCCCAAUACAGCAUGUCUGUCAAGCUCGAGCUUGCAAACGAGCAUAAAGAGUUUGUCAGUGGCAAGAAAAAUGGUAAAAUCAACAAGAUCAUGAGCCACAGUUCGGUACAGAUCGUCUUCGAUGGCUGGAAUGAAUACAAUUUCUACAUUGUUGUUCGAGGGUCGCUCUACGAAGCUACUAAGAGUGGUCUCGAGCUUGUGGAGCAAGAAAUGCCUGCCGCAAUAUCCUUCCACGUCCCCGACCAGUACCACAAGCGUAUCAUCGGCAUCGGUGGUCAACAUAUCCAACGUAUCAUGAAAAAGUAUUCAGUGUUUGUCAAGUUCUCAAAUGCUAUGGAUCGAGGUGGUCUUGGUAAAGAAGACGAUGAUAUCAAGGUCGAUAAUGUCAUCUGCCGAACUCCAGCUCGCAACGCUCAAAAUCUCGAUUUGGUCAAACAAGAGAUCAUGGAUAUGGUUGAAAAGUCCGAUGCUGAAUUUGUUUCCGAGCAUGUCGUUGUCAACCGUCUUUAUCAUCGAGAGCUUAUUGCUCGUAUGCGCGAGAUUGAGGAGCUCGAGAAGAAAUGGAAUUGCAAGAUCACAUUCCCAAGCACUGAGCAAGCUAGCGACAUGAUCACUAUCUCAGGACCUGAAUAUCAGGUGCCUCAAGCUGUGGACGAAUUCUUGGGUAUGGUCCCUGAAAGCCAUGACAUUGCCUUUGCAGCAAACCAGGAUCUGAAGUCGUUCCUACGCUCAGACGAGUUCGAGAAAGACGUAAAGAAUAUGCUCAAGGAUCAGUACGUUGUCGAGGUUCAGCUAGGUCCACGCCGCGAUGGCUCCAGCAGCGACGAGAAAGAUCAAGAGACCUUGACUCUGUGCUACACCCGCAACAACGCCGGAGGGCUGAAAGAUGCUAUCGACUUUUUGAUCACCAAGCUCGUGACUCACGGUUUGGAUGCAGAGACUAUAAAGGGAGCCAUUCCUCGACCAAAGUCUGAUUCAUUCGAGCAAUCUCUUCCAUUCUUCGAAUCCAAGCUUCUCCAGAAGACGAAUUCGAGUCUGGAUCUUACGGCGACAGACUCCCCGACCCGUGUGAACUUCGCUGACGACGUUGGCGAACGCUCUGGAUUUCUUGACAAGCUACGUAAACCUGGUAGCAUUGGGUCGUUCUCUUCCAUGCUUGAGCGUCGCAAAAAUGGAUCCAAUUCGCCAGGAUCUCUCUUCAAACACGCUUCCAGCAAUGCUUCCAAAGCAUCACUCAUUAGUAUUGAAUCCCAGGGAAGUGGCUACCGCAAUCCUUGGAACGAUAGUGGUAUAAACCUCCCUGACGAGGAUCCCGCUCAUCCAUCGCACGCAUGGGCGACUCCAACUUCAGUGCGUUAUGAAUCUAAAUUUCCUUUUGGCGCCAGUACAUCUGGCGAACUUACGCCCCGAUACGACCCACGGGCUUCCGUCGAUAGCGGACGACCCAGUACUUCUCAUUCUGCAUCAGGAUACCCGGGCCCCAUUGGGCCUCCUCGUUAA